GCCUUGAAUACCAAAGUCCAGUAAAGGGAAAACACGGCCUUUUGGCAUACAUUCUCUAAAUACUGACUAGCUACUUCUGAAUGACAAAAUGCUUAAGAGUUUUGUUAGUUUCUCUCUUGUUUUUGGAGCUUGCUUAACUCAUGUAGAUUCUUUUAAAGACACUCCUCUCAUCACACAGGGCCAUUUCAAUCUGGAUCACUUUUUGGGACGAUGGUUGGAGGUGGCAGUCGUUUCAACAUGUCCACACUUCAUGCAGCGUAAGAUGAGAAGCCCUGCUAUUGUUCAACUAGACCUUAACAACGCGCAGGGCAACGUCACAGUGGAGGCCACUACGUUCAGAAAUGAAUCUUGUAAAUCAACUUUCACCAACUACAGUUUGACUGACACUCCAGGGAAGUUCUUCUACCAUGUUCCCAAGUUCAGUGCAGAUGUUGAUGUGUAUGUGGUUGAUACAAACUAUGUGGAGUAUGCACUGAUGGUCCUUCUUAGCACAGAAAAGCCUGAGGGAAACAUAUCACUGAUACUUAAACUUUAUAGUCGGAGUAAAGAGGUUAGUGAGGCCAUGAUGGAGAACUUUAAAACGUUGGUGAGACAACAGGGGAUCAAUGAUAAAACAAUCAUUAUGAGUCAAGACAGAGGCCAGUGCUAAAACAUGAUGGAGACCACUUGCUUCUACUACUUUCACUUGAUGGCCUUUGAUUUUUGAACUCAUGAACAUGUGCUUUGUACUGUGUGGUCACUGUAUAUGUCUGGCAGGCCUAUGCAAAAUCAACUUUUUAGAGUUUUAACCAUGUCAUAGUUGUUUACCGUCACAGUUUCCUGACUGUAUGUUCUAUUUGGAAUUAUUUGUUCAUGUUUGAGCAAUCAUUAAUCAGCCCAUAUUACCAGUAAAUCCCCAUUUUCUUUGUCACCAGCAUACGCCCACUGCUGUCUACUUAUUUAAUUCUGCAAUUUUUAUUUAUUUACUUUUUUUUUUUCAAUUAGUGAUGAGCACAGGAUUCCUCAGUGUUGCAUAAUCAUUUUGGUACAAAUGGAGGAAAAAAGUUAGCUGCUCAUUAGUAUGACCUGCAGUUAUCCAUCAGAGGUGUUGACUCUUUGUUAUGAUGUUUACGUUAACAUCAGCUGCCGUUGAACACCGCAGUUUUUUAAUGCAGAAAUCAACCAACAUAGUCACCAUAAUGAUCCACGGGUGUUAUAGAUUCUAGCUAUAUAGCAGACAUAAGCACAAUAGGCCUUCUUUAAUAUUAUUUAAAAUUAAAGUGUCAUACCACCAAAUAUAUACCGUUUUUGUCAAAGCUUACUACUAUUAGUGAGUUGUGUUCAUAAAAUUUCUGUAUAUGUCAUAGAGAUUUAAGUAUAUAAGCAGUAAACCCUUGAAUUUGACAGUUCACUCACUUUCACAACUAAAAUAAAUAAGUGCAAGUCAUUCUGAAAA